GUAUACAACUCCGAGACCUAUUGUAUUUUACCCUUUUAAAGUUUGCUCAGUGCUCAGAGAAAAUGUUUUCGUUGUAAGGUUAACUAAUGUAGCUAACUAGAUAACUAGUUAAUAAACGGUACAUACACAACCUCGUUCAAAGUUUCUUCUGUGUUAGGAGAAAACGUUCCCACAACCAACUUUCUAAGAACGUAAUUUCGUUAGCUCGCAUGUCUCUUGAGUGCCUGUAACCACCUCAAAGUAUCUAUAAGUUAACCUCGGGUUGUGUGCAGAGCUGGAAAGUGAGGGGAAACACAGAAGCUAGUGAGUGAUGUGCUUUGUCAUGCUGUGGAGAGCACCGUGCGCAGGCAGCAGCGCUCCUUUAAGGGGAAAAGGAAGGAAAACGAAACAGACACCUGUUAGCUAUAGUCGCAUUACUGAGACGUAUCCCUCCUCCCAAGACAGGGGGCACAAGUAACCUGUGUAAGCGGGGAAAGUAGAGCAGAGCGAGUCAUUCUUCUGGGCGGCUCCAUUCCGCCUCCAGCAGUCCGCCCGAGAAAGCCAAGAGCUCACCAAAGUAACAAAACACAAACAUGGCGCCCAUUCGCGACGCCACGCAUCGGUGAGAGCGGAGACAGCAAAGUAGGGGGAAAGUUACCGGGGACGAGCAGUCCAGCCUCAGUUCGGACAACCUGUGGACGUUUUGGUGCGUGAGGGAGACGGUGGGAGCUGGAAGUUGUCUACAUGUCAGCGGUCUUUCUUCUAGACGUCUGAACAGCUGGCACGUCCAGUCAUGAUUGAAGACAAGGGUCAUCGCGUGACGGACUACUUCGUGGUGGCCGGACUGACAGACAAGUCCACACCGCUAGAGCAGGAUCUUUCUGAGACAAAGUCUAGUGGUCCCAAAGCCCCAAUCACUGAUCUGGCAGUAAUCAACAAGUCUGCGGGUGAGACUGUGCCUGAAGGCUUUACAUGCAUUGAGGUCACCACCACAGGCCAGCCAGCCAACCUCAACCAUGGAAGCCUUAAGAGUCCAGAACUUUUCCUGUGUUACAAGAGGGGCUAUGGGAAGCCUCCUUUAAGCGACAUUGGGGUGCUGUAUGAAGGUAAGGACCGUCUGAUGCAGGGUUGUGAAGUGAUCCAGGCUACACCAUAUGGGCGCUGCGCUAACGUUAACAACAGUUCGGCCACAUCUCAGCGCAUCUUCGUCACCUUCCGUCGCUCGCCGCCUGUCCAGCCACAGAACUCCCUUGCAGUCACGGACAUAUGCGUCAUAAUCACAAGCAAAGGAGAGACUCCUCCACACACUUUUCUUAAGGUUGAGAAGAACCUGAACUGUGGCAUGUGGGGGUCCAGUGUGUUCUUGUGUUACAAGAAGUCUGUGUCUGCCUCCAACUCUAUCGCCUAUAAAGCAGGUUUGAUCUUCCGCUACCCAGAGGAAGAUUAUGAGUCCUUUCCUCUCUCAGACUCGGUGCCUCUCUUCUGCCUUCCUAUGGGAGCCAAGAUUGAGUCCUGGGCACCAAAUACACGUUACCCCUUACCCGUCUUCUCCACUUUCGUCCUAACCAGCUCCUCUGGGGAAAAGGUCUACGGUGCAGCCAUCCAGUUCUAUGAGCUCUACCCAACAGAAAAUCUGAGUGAGAAGCAGAAGAUCCAGCUGGGACUCCUCACCGCUGUAGACAAGAAACCCAUUCCUGGCCGUACAGUCAACACCAAUAAGUGCAUCUGUCUGCUUUCACGGUGGCCCUUCUUCAAGGCCUUUAAAGAAUUCCUCAUGUUCCUCUACAGGCUCUCAGCUGAUAGUGUCAACCCUCUGCCCAUUGAGAAACACAUCUCCCACUUUAUGCAUAAUGUGCCCUUCCCCUCACCACAGAGGCCUCGAAUAAUGGUCCAGACUUGGGCACAUGAAAACAUUAUGUUGUCCCAGCCUGUAUGCACACCUUUACCACUAAGCGGGGCAGACUACAGCACUCUGCUGAAGAACCUGGGCCCAGAGAACUGUGCUACACUGUUGCAUUUCAUCCUGCUGGAGAAUAAGAUUCUGCUUCACUCUUUAAGACCAGAUGUUCUGACCGGGAUAGCUGAAGCUGUGGUAGCGAUGAUCUUUCCUUUCCAGUGGCAGUGCCCCUACAUCCCUUUGUGUCCUCUCUCCCUGGCUGGGGUUCUGAAUGCCCCCUGUCCUUUUAUUGUGGGCGUGGACUCCAGAUACUUUGACCUCCAUGAACCUCCACCAGAUGUGGUUUGUGUGGAUCUGGACACCAACACUAUCUACCUGUCUGAUGAAAAGAAGUAUAGCAACUGGAAGAAUCUCCCCAAGAAGCCUUGCAAGAGUCUUAUUAACUCACUGGUCAACCUCCACCACCAGCUCACCAUUGUGAGGCGGAAUGCUUCAGAAAACUCUGCAGUAGAGAUGACUCCAAUUGAGGCGGACUUCACUUGGGUAAAUAAGAUGGCCGGGCUGGAGAUGGAGGUCCAAGAGGCCUUUCUCCGCUUCAUGGCCUCCAUACUAAAGGGCUACCGCAGCUACCUCAAGCCCAUCACCCAGGCGCCCUCGGAGAAGGCCACAGCCGCAGACUCUCUCUACGAUUUGCAGGGGUUCUUGAAGAGUAGAGAUCGUGCACACCAGAAAUUCUACUCCCAGCUCACCAAGACCCAGAUAUUUAUUCGCUUUAUCGAAGAAUGCACCUUCGUCAGUGACAAAGACACAGGACUGGCCUUUUUUGACUAUUGCAUUGAAAAGCUUUUCCCGUCUGAUAAAGGAACAGACAAGGGCACAAAGGUUGAAGGAGAGUGGUCAGAGGAUGCAAAGCUGCUGGAGCUGGAUGAGUCUCAAAAGAGUGAGCACACUGUCUUCAUCAUGCCUCCAGAACCACCUCCUGAUGACGGCUCACAGCCUCCUGCUACAUACAGCUACAAGAGCUUCCCCCGGUUGCGGUUGGAGUUGUUUGAUCGGCCACAGGAGCUGAAGCCAGCACUCAGCAACAGAGCAGCAGGGGCCAGUCUGUCCAGCAGCCCUGCACUCCUGGCAAAAAGAACCAAGCAGGAAGUGAAGCUGGCCUACAAGAUGGCAAAGCGCUGCUACUCAAACCCUCCCCAGUGGGCUAAGUGUCUGUACAGCCACUGCUACAGCCUGUGGUUCAUUUGUCUGCCUGCAGGCCUGCGUAUAUCCCAUUCUAAACCUAGGGCCAUGCAGCAGGCCCUCAAUGUCCUAGUAAAGAUGAGGAGCACUGAGGUGGAGGUGCUGGAUGAGGUGUGUUAUCGUGUGGUGAUGCAGUUGUGUGGGCUGUGGGGGAUGCCUGUCUUGGCUGUGCGUGUCUUAAUGGAGAUGAAGAAGGCUGGAGUCGAGGGCAAUGCCAUUACUUACGGAUACUACAACAAGGCUGUCCUGGAGAGCCCUUGGCCUAGCAGAAACCGCAGUGGCCGCUUCAUGUGGACCAAAGUGCGGAACGUGGUGCGAGGUGUGGCCCAGUUCAAACAGGGUCUGCAAAGCUCAGCUCGCUCUAAAAGAGCUCCUCCAAUUACCACAGAGGAUGCUUCUUUUCCAGUAGUGUCUCUGGACGCAAUAGCAGAUGGUGAAGGAGACCGACUCAGCCACUGUAGUGCCGAUAGCGCCAGUUUGGCUAAUGGAGAAGAACAUGCACUAUUCCCACGUCGACUUAUCGUUGAAGACACCAAUGGGAGUCACUGUAGCACAGGAGGGCAGUCUGACCAGGGAUAUGGCUCCAAGGAUGAGCUACAUCAGGACACUGUAGAUGCUUCCAAAUCUACAGUUUUUCCACUUUCCACUGGGGACCAUGUCAGCAAGAGCAAAACAGUCAUGAGUCAAGAAAAUGGUAAGGACAUUGCUGGUUCUGUUGACAGUGCAGUGGCUGUUUCUGAACCACCCAGUCCUGCUGAGCCCACAUCUCCUUCACCCAGCAUAGUCAAACUCUCUACUGGGAGCUUUGACCUCUCUACAGGGAGAAGAGACUCAGGUGGUGGUUCAACAGGUGGUGGAAAACUCUUCACCCCUCGCAGUAUGAGUGAGGACAUCUCCCUGCCCGAAGAUGACGGCCCUGCAAAUGCAGACACAACCCAGCCUAGUCAACAGCAGCGAGUCAAAGCUUUUGCUGAGCGCAGCUGUAGCUUCAGUGCAGAGAGCAGAGCUGGAAUGCUCCUGAAGAAGAACAGUCUGGAGCUGAGUGUGGACCACAUGGGCGCCGAUGCUAAAAUAUUAGCCGCUGCUUUUUCCGGAGGCAAAACUCCUCCACCCACUACAGUCUCAGGCUCAGUCUUUAAAGAGCUGGAGAUGGGGCCAAGUGCACCGUCAGCUCUCAAGGAGGAAGAUAAUGAAGAAGGCGGUGAGAAAAAGGAACUAAUUGAUUUAAGUGAUGAACCUACGGACAAAGGGAAGAAGCCGACAGAGGUGAUCACACCUUCAGAUGAAGGAGCAGGGAAAGGUUUAAGUGUAUCCUCCUCUUCUAAAGGGGUGGAGAGAGAGGAUGUAGAAAUAGGGGCAGACCCCUUGUCCCUACUGGCCUCAGAAAAUGAGGAGGCAGCCUCCAUCCAGAGCCAAGAGUCUGCUCGCCUCGUCCCGACAGUGGUCUCACGAAAGCUCGCCGACGAGAUUGAGAUGUACAUGAACCUCAAGAGCCCAUUAGGGGCCAAGGCCUCCAGCAUGGAGCUUCAUCAGGGGCCACAGCGUGACGCAGACCUGCGGAAGUCUGACCUUGUGGACUCUCCAGCUGGCAAGCAGUCUCUGGAGCGACGAUCCAGCCUCCCUGCUGGACCAGUGAAAGCCCCCGAUUCACUGGAAACCCCCAAACGCAGCCCUGCGGUCACAAGAUCCAAGACCUUUGCCAUCAAGUCCCCAAAGACACCUGGCUCUGCAGGUCAAAGGUCAUCCUCGUUGACUGCACUAGUCAGGUCUUCUCAGAGUGGGUCAUUGGGGUCUGUUAUCACCUCCAUCUCUGGCAUCAAGAUGGACACCUUGCUUUCAGGACCUAAAGUGGACAUGCUAAAGCAUGGCAUGAAGCAGGCAGCCACCGUGGCUGGAAAAGUCUGGAAUGCCGUGGCCUCAGCCUACAACUACUCUGAUGAUGAGGAUGACCAGAACCAGCCUAGGGACAGCUUUCCUGCUCAUCUGGAGGAGCAGCUGCUCGGUGAUGAUGAAGCGGAUAGGCCCAUGCCUAGAGGCCUGAUGACCAGCCUUGCCGCCAACGGCCUCACUCACAGUAACACCAGCCUGGGUAGCAGUGGCAGCAGUGAUAAUGGCCGGGGACUACAUGGGCAACAUUUGACUUCCGGCAGGUUCAUGAGAGGUGCUGACUCUGAAAGGUCUGAGCAGAGCUCAUCUCAUCAUGCAAGCAGUUCAAGCAUUUACUGUGCUUUAGAGGUGUUAAUGUCCAGCUGUUCUCAGUGUCGCUCCUGUGAGGCUCUGGUGUAUGAUGAGGAGAUCAUGGCAGGCUGGACAGCAGAUGAUUCCAACCUGAACACCACUUGUCCGUUCUGCCAGACCUCCUUCUUGCCCCUGCUUCAUGUGGAAUUUAAUGAUCUGCGCACUACACCUGGGUUUUACCUGAAGAUUAGCACUUCAGGAGACAGUCUCCACAGUAGUAGCACCCAGCCUACAGCCUCCACAUCAUCAGAGGUCAAGGUGGGCAGUCCCAGUGAUCCACCUGAUCUCAUCAGCUUCUCUGAUUCCCCUGACAGCAAAGGGCAGCAUGAGGAGACACUGACCAAUCAGGGUGGAGCACAGAAAGCUCUCGUGCCUGAGCCAGUGAUUUCAGACCCCCUGGGACUCUUGGAGAGACAGGCAGAGAAGCGUGGCACAUCUCUGACCCGCAGCAACAGUGUGGGUGGGCCUCUACAGAGCUUGGAUUCAACCCAGCGGCCCAAUCAUGGAAUCUCCACCACCAGCCUGCCUAAUAGCCUGCAGGAGGUAGUGGACACACUGGGUCAGAAGCGACCCAAUCCAAAACCAGUCUCUGUGCCUUACCUCAGCCCUCUAGUGUUACGAAAGGAGCUAGAGACCUUACUGGAGAAUGAGGGAGAUCAGGUAAUCUACACUCAAAAGUUCCUCAGCCAGCACCCUAUCAUAUUCUGGAACCUAGUGUGGUAUUUCCGCCGAUUGGACCUUCCCAGUAUUCUACCUGGACUCAUACUGACCUCUGAACACUGCAACAAUGGUGUACAGCUUCCGCAGACAUCCUUGCCUCAAGACAGUAAGCUGGUUUAUGUGCAGCUGCUGUGGGACAAUGUCAACCUGCACCAGGAGCCCACAGAGCCGCUCUACCAGCGCUGGAGGACCUUCUUACAAAUGAAGGGGUCUUUGGCUCCCACUGACCACCAGGAAAUACGGACACUACUGAACAGCAUUGUUAGGAGCAUCCAGACGAAUGAUGUCUAUGGUCCUAUCAACUUGCUACUUAGGGAAAUCAAGAGGCACCCAGAGCUCAAGCGGCAACGGAGUAUUUACAGGGAGAUCUUAUUCCUUUCACUUGUGGCCUUGGGGAGAGAGAACAUUGAUGUCGAGGCCUUUGAUCGGGAGUAUCGAGUAGCCUUUGACGAGCUGAGCCCUGAGCAACUCAAAGCUCUCUCAUCCAUCGACAGGCCACCUUCCAACAACGUGCAGUGGUGCGUCAAGUGCUUUGGAGCUCCAUUUAUCUGAUCCAAUCUGGUCCAUAUCAGAUUAAUGCUCAGCCAUUUGGAGAUUUGUGAGUAGAGUGAGUCACCCCACGCUGAGAUGAAUAAACUCCUGUCAGUUUUUUUGUUUUCACCGUCACCCAAAGAUGGUACUUUUAUCGUCCUCCAGAAACAUAUUUUGAAUUGGUUGAGCACCUGCGCUUGCAGCCUUUAGCAACACCAGAUAUGUAGCAGGUAGAAAUUUACUGGCGGGAGUCUUCGAAUGUCUUCAAAUGAUGAAAGAUUGAUGUGUGUAUGUCCAUGGACCUGUGGAACUGAAGUAAAGACUUGUAGAGGGUGGGAAACAUCUCAUUCCCAAGUCCCUCUAAACACUGCCUUGCAUCCUCACUUUCCAUCCAACCUUACCCGUGGAAGGAGUCCGGUGGAAAGUCCAGUGGAGAUGUGUCCUCUUGAGAUAUCAAUGGCAAUGGUCUUAUACGAUGUGCACUUUCAAAAAUGAUUGCUUUAUCUGUCUCAUUCUUGUUUGUAUAUAUUUUUCUAUGGUGGGAUAUCUGAACUAGGUUGCCUUUUUCAGUGUGAGGGAUCUUUACCUAGCUUUCAAUGUAGUCUGUCCUAACUGUCAACCAUAAACUGUGUUAUCAGUGUGGGUCUUGAGGGGCACAGCAGAAUGAUAAUGGAAGUAAGCAUGUUUGUGAAUGGAUGUGUGAAUGAAUGAUUAAGUGACUAAGUGAGAGAGUGGAUGCAUGUGUACCUUGGGAAGACAUACUGUGGCAGCAGACAAUCCAAUUAUUCCAGGAAGCUAAAAGCUAAAAUAAACUCAUAUGUCUGAAACAUGGUAGAAAAGUGGUGAGAUCAGGUUCUGUAAUAGACAGUAAAGCGUCCUUACUGGAAGUUACAUUUUUUUAACACCUUUGGACCUUUCAUAGAAAUAGAAAUAUUCUGCAGUUGUGGGGGAAAAAAACGAGAAAUAAUUACAUUGGGAGUUGGCAGUUUAACUACUGAAAUGAAAGAAUUCUCAUUCAGACAUUUUUGUCUUGAAUAAAGUCAUGAUAUUUUUGAACAAUGCUCAUGAUCCCUUUAUGUGUACAUAAAUGUUUUUUUUCUUUCUCAGAGAAGUAAAAAACAUGCAGUCAAAGCUUGGAGAAAAUGUACAGUGUCUCUCAAAUAUCUAUCAAUAUUUUAACGGUGUUUUUAAUCACCAUCAUGCUAUUGCUGCAUAAAAAUUCAUACUCGAGUCUUAAAGUCCAUUUUGCUCUCACUCUGGUUUAUGUGGCUUUGAGAGACGGACGCUGUUGGUAAUCGUCUGUAAAAAGAUGAUCAUUUAAGAAAUCUCAGUAGUUCUUGUGCCUUGUUACUUAGUCAAGGUAGGUUUUACUACUAAUAAAUUAACAUGAUAGAGUGCAAUCAGUCUGCCUUAAUUUAUUUAUCUUUAUCUUUAUAUAUCUUUUUCAUAUCUUUUAUCGCUUAGUCAUUUGACAGCUGAUGUGAAUACAGAAUAUAUUAUGUUCUUGUCUUUGUAAAAUAAUCCAGAUAUUUUUGGAGUGAGUAUGAAAUGAGUAUGUGGAAUUAUGACUGGUUGAGGAAUCCAAUUGUGGAAUGAGACAUGUAUAAAUGGACUGUGAGGACUGUUUGUAACUCAAUGACCACUGUUUCUCACUUCAAGUAUCUGUACAUCUUUUUUUUCUUUCUCAAAUGUAUGAAUGCAGAAAAUCACAUCCAUAUGUUCUUUGCUUGUUAUGAUUUCCCAGUGAACCCAUUAUGAGGAGGAUUUUAGUUAAUUUUAUGGUAGUGUUCAAAUGAAAGAGUGAGAAACAAAGCUUAAACUGAAGACUUGCUUACUUACUUACUUAAAGAAUGUAAGAACUGACUUUGUACUGGGAAGAAAAGCUGUAAUUGUGAACUGUGCGUGUGUCUGAAUUGAAUGUCCUUUUGAAAAAGAACGCAAUAGUGAAGAUGUAGAUUGUUUACACAUUUGCAGUAUAUCAUUGUAAUCUAUUUGGUCUGAAAAUAAUCCCAGUAUUAGGGUGAAAUAAUGAAUGUGAUUAAUUCCCAUUGACCACUCACUUUACACAGUAAAAUCCAAUAUUGUAACCUUUCUUCUCCUAGUGAAUUUGAGUAAAUGAAAUUGGAGGAGAUUGAGCCAGGAUUCGGCUAAUACAGAUUUGAGAAUGUAGUUCAAAUCUGAAUCCAUAAAAUUCAGUCAAUCUGUCAGAAAUGCAUAAAAUAACAUUCCAAGCUUAAAAUCGUUAAAAUGUCAGUGUAUCACGAUAAUUAUGGUGUGCUGAAGAUGGCAUUACCAGCCUAUUUAAAUAACAAACUUUGUUUUGACAAAUUGUGCUUUACACAGUGGACAGAAUUGCUUCAUUUACUGCAGUUUUUGUUUUAACUUCAAGGUGAUCCUACUUGUUUAACUUUGUACAGUGUUUAGUUUUUUCCAGGCACUGCAAAACUGAUACUCUCCGGUUUAAAGCUUCAAAUCUUGCAAUUGAUGAGACAUUCAUGUUAAUGGAUGAAUAAGUGUCAGUCCUGUGUCCAAGAGAAAUGGCAGAAGGCAUUUUAAGCCAUGACACAAGGACCUUCAGGACUAGGGUCUGAUUCAGUAAGCUUGUUCAUUUACCCUCUACCAUCCUGUGGAAUGAGUGUGAGUUUGUACAUUCUGUUGUCCUGAAAUAAACAUGCUUUGUCCUGA